AUGCGCUCAGCCCUAUUCUUCUUCGCCGCCAUCGCGGCCCGAGCUCUGGCCCAAUCCAACUCCACCUUGGCCAUCAGCCAGGAUGCCACGUGUGGCAGCAACGUGAUGCUGACGUGCCAGGGCUCCGCCUUUGGCAACUGCUGCUCCCGAAACGGCUACUGCGGAUCUGCCUACGACUACUGCGGGACAGGCUGCCAGGCGGGCUUCGGGUCCUGCGGCCUGAACUCGACGGGGACAAACUCCAACCCCAACUUCAACUCGGCGCAGCAGGUCAGCCUGGACGGGACCUGCGGCGACGGCAUCACCUGCCAGGGCUCCAGCUUCGGCAGCUGCUGCUCGGCCAGCGGCUACUGCGGCAGCUCCGACGCCUACUGCGGCGCCGACUGCCAGCCCGACUCUGGCAUCUGCGGCGGGCCCAUCGUCGGCACCGCCACCGCCACCACGGCGAUCCCCCUGCCCGCCCCCACGUCCACGUCCGCCGCAAACUCCACCGUCAUCGGCAACGCCACCACCACCGCCAACACCUGUCCCGCCGGCGUCUGCACCGUGUCGCGCGCCUCCAUCCUCUCGGGCGACAUCUACCUGGCCUGCGGCGGCAGCGCCUCCGUCCAGGGCUCGUGCCUCUGCGUCCUGCCCAAGGGCUCCGCCGCCAGCGAGGGUGCGUCGGGCACCUGCGCCACCUGCGUCUCGGCCGGCAACUUUUGCCUGACCAGCGAUCAGUGCUGUGGCGGCAAGAGGUGCGUCCCUGUGAUCCCCAGGGCCACGUCGGGCACGUGCAAAUGA